GGUCAAGAUCGCCUUAGGCCCGCCCCCCAGCGCUGGGGUGCCGCGGGCUAGUCGCGGGGCUGUCCCGCUGAAGGGGCCCUUGUGUUCCGAAACCAGGCUCUCUCCCCUCCAGGUGCUGGGGUGCAGGGCCCUGCGCGGGCCGAGAGCCCUGGUUCUGCCCUGCCGAUGUCCCAGUCCCCGGAAGUUCCCCAAGGCUCGCCAAGCGCCUCGGAGGAGCCACGGGACGCGCAGUGCCUCUGAAUUGAACAACGUUAAGGCAGGGUGGCCACUGCACCAGCUGUGAACGUGCCUGACAAGAUGAAGAGCCGAAUCCCUGUGGUGCUCCUGGCCUGUGGUUCCUUCAACCCCAUCACCAACAUGCACCUGCGCCUGUUCGAGGUGGCCAGGGACCACCUCCACCAAACAGGAAUGUACCGGGUGAUCGGGGGUGUCAUCUCCCCUGUCAAUGACAACUACAAGAAGAAAGACCUUGUGGCUGCCCACCACCGAGUGGCCAUGGUCCGGCUGGCCCUGCAGAUGUCCGACUGGAUUCGGGUGGACACCUGGGAGAGCGAGCAGGCACAGUGGAUGGAGACCGUGAAGGUGCUGAGGCAUCAUCACAGCGAACUGCUCAGAUCUCUGCCCCAGGAGGAAGGCGUGGACCCAGACAAAGCUGUCUCCCCGGUGCCCGCAGCUGUGCCUGAACUGAAGUUCCUCUGCGGAGCAGAUGUCCUCAAGACCUUCCAGACCCCCAACCUCUGGAAAGACGAGCACAUCCAGGAAAUAGUGGAGAAGUUCGGCCUGGUGUGUGUGGGGCGGGCUGGUCAUGACCCCAAGGGGUACAUCAUGGGCUCACCGAUCCUGCAGAGGUACCAGCACAACAUUCACCUGGUCAGGGAGCCAGUGCAGAACGAGAUCAGCGCCACGUACAUCAGGAGCGCCUUGCGCCAAGGGCAGAGCGUGAAGUACCUGCUCCCGGACUCUGUCAUCGCAUACAUCAAGAACCACAACCUCUAUUCCAGGGACAGUUCCCAGAAAGGCAACGGCACCCGGAACAGUGAAGGAAAGACAAGACAGGGAGGGCCGGCCACUUCUCCACCAAGCUCCUCCUGAGGAGAAAGCCAUUAAGGUCUUUGUUUUCCUGUUAUUUAUUUAUUUUUGCCUCUCUGUUUUUCAUUUGUGUUUAUUUCGACAAUGAUUGUACUUCUGAAGAGUCUUCUGUCCCAGGAAGAGAUGCCUCUUUAGGGAGGAGCAGGUGUCUACAUCACAAGGAGGGACAUUUAUCAAAGAUGUAAAAAUGGUGUGGCAGAUCGUUAGGAUGAGGCAAAAGUUCUCAGAACCAUUGGGUGCGGAGCCUUCUCAUUUUGUAAAUGGUAACUGUGACGGGCACCCUGACAGCAGCUCUGCAUGUGGCAAUGUCCCCUGUGGGUCAGAUCGGAACUGCCCGCAGUGCAUUUUUGAACUAGGACCAGGUGCAGCGUGCUGGUCUUGAUUGGAGAGAUUUGACAGGAUGCUAAUUACCAAACAGUGGGUUUUGUCAACACCAUGUGUCAAACAAAAUAAAACUGAAGGCUUAAAAAUUUGGAAGCAGCACUUUGCUAAUUUACAUUGGAUCUUCCAUUAAGAACCAUGGCCUGCCUGCUUACUGGCCAUUGAUAAAAUUUAAACAUAAAUCUUUCUUUCUGAGUAGUGAUCCUCAAACAGUACUUUUGAUACAGCAGACAUUUUUAACACAGUUAUUUUAUAAACACCAGGGCUCUUGAUUUCCAGGUUUCUAAAAAACUCAGGUAAGACAGAUGCUUCAGCUCUGUUAGAGGAUCUUUCUGAAUGUUUAAUGAUUGCCUGUUUGAGUAUCGACAAAGGGAUAAAUAAUAAAUUGACAUCAAAAAGUACUAAUGAAAA